AUGGGAUUCACACUACCCUCUACGGACGGCCGCGUCGUCACCGUCCUCGGCGGCGGUGUCCUCGGCCGCCGCAUCGCCUGCGCCUGGGCCGCCUCCGGCUUCGACGUCGUCAUCCGGGACCCCAGCGCCGAGCAGCGCAUCGCCGCCGUGCACUACUGCGAGACGAGCUUCCCCCAGUACUCCGCCCACCACUCCCCUCGCGGCUCCGUCACCGCCACCGAGGACCUUGCCGCCGCCGUCGCCUCCGCCUGGCUCGUCAUCGAGGCCGUGCCCGAGAAGCUACCGCUCAAGGUCUCGACGCUCGCCGACCUCGAGUCCCUGGCGCCGCCCGACGCCCUGCUGUGCAGCAACUCGUCCUCGUACAAGAGCCGCGAGAUGCUCGGCGGCCUGCGCCGGCCGGAGGAGACGGCGCGCCGCGUGCUCAACAUGCACUACUACAUGCCGCCGGGCAACCGCGUGGUCGAGCUGAUGACGUGCGGGCAGACGGACGAGGCCGUCUUCCCGUUCCUCGUUGAGAAGCUGCAGGCGGUCGGGAUGCACCCGUACGUGGCGAGGAAGGAGUCGACGGGGUUGAUAUUCAAUCGUCUCUGGGCGGCGAUCAAGCGCGAGGUGCUGACGAUCCUGGCCGAGGGCGUGUCGACGCCGGAGGAGGUUGACAAGCUCUGGCUCGAGGUCUGGGGCGGCAACAAAAGCGGCCCGGUUGCCAUGAUGGACGCCGUCGGCCUCGACACCGUGUCGUUCAUCGAACAGCACUACAUCUCCGAGCGCGGGCUGCCAAACACGCCGGUAGACUUUCUGAAGACGUACAUUGACGAGGGCCGGCUGGGCACCAAGUCCGCCAAGGGCGGGCUGCUACCUCCCGGCGGCGGCCCCGCGGCCCCUAGCGAAUCAGCCGGCUCCGGCCACGACGACCUUCACGCCCCGCUCUUGUACUUCCUCGACAUCGGUCUCUCCGCCGAGGACCCUCGCGAAGCCUUCCGCGCCGGGCGAGUACUCGUCGGCGCCUCGGACGAGCGGCCCCUCAAGCCGCUCGUCAGCAACCAGCGCACGCCCGACGGCAUAGACGUCGCCCUCUCCGCCGGCAAGCUCUUCUGGACCAGCAUGGGCAUCCCCAGCCGCGACGACGGCUCCAUCUGGAGCGCCAACCUCGACGGCAGCGACGCCAAAGUUCUCAUCCCGCCCGGCUCCGUGAACACGCCGAAGCAGCUCGUCGUCGACCAGGUCAACGGCAAGCUGUACUUCACGGACCGCGAGGGCCUGCGCGUGCUCCGCUGCGCCCUCGACGGCUCCGCGCUCGAGACGCUCGUCGAGGCCGGCGACCGGCGCGACCCGGCGCACGUCGCGGACCAGACCCGCUGGUGCGUCGGCGUCGCCGUGUCGCCCGCCACGGGCACGUUUUACUGGACGCAAAAGGGCCCCAGCAAGGGCAGCCGGGGACGCGUGUUCCGCGCGGGCACGGAGUUUCGGGAGGGCGAGACGGCGGCGACGAGGACGGACGUGGAGGUGCUGCUGCAGGGGCUGCCGGAGCCGAUCGACCUCGACGUUGACGAGGAGGGCGGGCACCUGUACUGGACGGACCGCGGCGAGCUGCCGAUCGGCAACAGCAUUAACAGGGUCAAGUUGGAGGGCAUCCAGCCGGUGCGGGACGAGGGCGCGAGGAGCGUGCCGGGCAAGGACUAUGAGCUGCUGGCGAGGAACAUGCACGAGGCGAUUGGCAUCAAGCUGGACCUGCGAAACCGUCACAUCUACACGACGGAUUUGGGUGGCGCCGUGUAUAGGUUUGGGCUGGACGGCAUGGAUAAGAAGAGAUUGUAUGAAGGAGCUGGCGCGUUUGCUGGAAUCGCUUUGGCUUAUGUCUAG